UGUAAAAUAAGAAAUAGGGAAAUAAAUAAAUACAAAUUUUACCAGAAAAAAUACAAAUUUGUAAAAAAGAAAUAGAUCCGUACUAUGUCCGACACUGAGCACCAAGGAGCGACGCCGCGAAGCUGCUGCUAGGGUUUCUCUUUUCUUCUGAUCGUCAUCCUCCGUUUCAGGGGAUGUUGUAAAGAUCUGUUGAGCUGUUUAGGAUAGUCUGAACCAAAAAGAAAUGGAUGAUGAUAAUGGGCUUGAGCUCAGCUUGGGUCUCUCAUGUGGUGGAGGCAAAGCUAAAGGUACUCACAAUACUGGAACCUCCUCUGAGAAUCUAGAAGGAGGAGGUGAUAGAAGCGCUAAAGUGAUUGAUGACUUUAAGAACUUCCUUCAUCCAACAACUUCUCAAAGACCAGCAGCAGCAGAGCAGAGUUCUGAACCUCCUCCUCCUCCGCAGAAUUUCUUCAACGACCUCUCCAAAGCUCCCACCGCCGACGGUGAAGCUUCCACGAAGCCUUUGUGGGUGGAGGAUGAGGUAGUGAAAGAAGCAGGAAGCAGUAAAAGAAAGGAGGAGGCACGUGUUGAUCUGCACGAGAAGAAGAAGAAGACAAAGGCGUCCCAUGUUUCGAACGCGACUGAUGAAGGAUCAACUGCUGAUAACGAAGAUGUUGCGGAGUCUGAAGCAGGUGGUGCUGGUGGUGGUUCUUCUUCCAGCCUCGCUAAGGAUGUGGUGGCGGGUCGUCCAGCCGCUGAUAUGGAUAACUUAGCUGGUCAAAGAAAGAACACUGAAGAGUUUACUGCUAACCGCAACAUGAGUUACACUGUACCUUUCGCUGGUUUACCUUACUCCUUACCACCGAAAGAGUCUGGACAACAUGCUGCAGCUACAAGUCUGACGCAGCCUACUGCUAAUGCUGGGAAUCUCCCAAUCAUGUUCGGAUACUCACCGGUUCAGCUCCCUAUGCUUGACAAGGAUGGGAUCGUCGCAGUUUCUCAGUCUCCAUUUGCUGGAAGAGGUCCAUCAAACUCAGCUACCGCGAAAGGCGAGGGAAAGCAACCUGUUGCAGAGGAAGGCUCAUCAGAGGAUGCAUCAGAACGACCAGCUGGAGACAACAACAACAACAACAUUAGUACAGCUUUCUCUUUCGACUUUUCCGCCAUAAAACCAGGAAUGGCAGCUGAUGUGAAGUUUGGAGGAUCUGGUGCGCGUCCCAACCUGCCUUGGGUCUCAACGACAGGCUCAGGCCCUCACGGUCGGACAAUCUCCGGUGUCACAUACAGGUACAACGCGAACCAGAUCAAGAUUGUAUGCGCUUGCCACGGUUCUCACAUGUCGCCUGAGGAGUUUGUGAGGCAUGCAAGCGAGGAGUAUGUUAGCCCUGAGUCAUCCGUGGGAAUGUCGGCUGCCUCGGCUCAUACCUGAAGAAUGUGUUGAUGUUUGUAAAACAGUAUGGGAAAGGGGUUUGUAACUCUCAGUGCCAAAGUUUUAACGGUGCUUUUCCGCUAUGUUGUGUUUGUAAUCUCUCUGCUUUUGCUUGUUUUGUUACACAUUUCUACAUUUAUCUCUUUCGCUAUUGUGUACUAGUUGUUGUAGUUUUGUAAGCCCUUCUCCUUUUUUUUGGGUUCAAAUAAAUGUUUAAUCAUCUGUGA